AUGCUCGCAGCAACAGCAUUCAUCAAGGUGAGCGCUGAUGAGAUCAUUCCAGAAAAGUUUUUCAAACAUUUACAGGGACCUCCUGAGGAGUUUAAUAAUUUUGCGUUACCUCCCACUUCAAGAGCAGCCAUUACUUCAGAUAGUUAUGUGAUGGAUAUUCAAUUUAGCUCAAAGAAUGAAGAACAAGUUCCAUCUGAUGCUAACACUGCUUCUAGCUCUUCCUCGAGACGUCUGACAUGGAGACAAUACAUUCCCAUUGAUACCAUUGACAAUGUGACACUCUCUAUUGUGAGCAAAUAUCCACAAAAGAUGAAUCUUGAAGUGUUGAAUAUUGAAGAUUUCGUGGUGAAUGAACAUGCUACUGACCCUAUGGAGGAUGAUUUGAAUCGAAAGGAAAGUAUGUUGCAAUCCCUUCAAAACAAGAAUGCAGUAUACCAUUCAUGGAUUGGAUUGGUCCCAGAUAAAAAUAGUAUUCCAACCAAGACAUUUGUAUUCAACAAUAGAAAUCAAGUGAAAGCUGGUGAUUGGCUUGUGGAAGUGUCUAUUGAACACGAAGCUGUUGAGGAAAUUAGACAAACAGAUCCAGAGUUUGCUGAAAAACUCUUGAAUGGAGAGGCACAAGCAUUCCUUUUGGCUUACUGCACUAGUCCUCUUUCUAUUCAUUCUCAACUUAAUACCUAUCGAUUAUCUGUUGGAGAGAAAAUUGGCUUCACCACACGCGUGGUUGAGAAAGAACAUGCCUUGUUGAGAGCAAGUAAUUUGGACAUGAUCCCUCGAGCAAUUCCAACCAAAAAGUUUACACAAAUUGAAGCAGUGAUGGAGAUUGAGGAACCUGACGGUGACGAGUUUGUUGUGCCCAUGCAAGACCAAGCGACCUUAUUGCUUGCCAAUCCAAAUGCAAGUAUGGCAAGUACGGAAGAAGUGGAUGGCGUGUUUUCUGCACAAAUAGAAGCUACAGAGCCAGGAUUCUUCUCCUUCCGUGUGACAGUGAAGGGUAUUGUUGGAGAGACUCUCAUGAAUACCAAGUACCAAAAUGUCAAUGCAAGCAAAUUGGUUGGAGCUUCCAAUACGAAUCAAUUAGCUUUUAUGAGAACGACUCAACACACUGUCUUUGUCGUUGACGAACGUAUGAAGUUAUUAACAAGUGGCACAAGAGCUUCAUUUACACAACUUGAUGAAAUGCUCACGAUUCAACUCCAAGUUGAGGUGGAUCCAAACCAUGUCGACAAGGUUUUCAAUAAGAAAUUUAAAGCCUAUACUGAAGUAUGGGCUUAUAGUGAAGAAGACGAAUCGACACUUGUUCCAGUUUGUUGGGUGAUGGGAAUGACAGUUGCCACGGCCUCUGAACAAGACGACAAUAUUGCUACUCUUCCACUCCAAAUGUCCAUGACUUGGUUAUCGAAAGCAAACGCCAAACUUCCAUUGGUUUUAAAGAAUGCGUACAUUAGAGAUGUUGACACGUCAGCUCUCAUUACACAUGUUCCAGAAAUUUUGCAAGUUGAAACUCAUCACCUUUUUGUGGAUUCGUUGACGAGGGUUGUCCAUGCUAAAAAUACCAAUCAAACAAUAGUUCACGCCUUUGCAAGAAAUCUCACUCAAACAACCUUCAAGUUCAAUGGUGAAGUAACAGAGACCAUGACCAUGGGUAAACGUCCUGUUGAAUUCAUGAUGAGAAGUGGUGAGAAUAUGGCCUCUGCGACUGCAUCUUCACAUAAGGUGUUACUAGUUCAUGGCUAUUGUUCCAAAGGAGAAGUCUUCCCAUUGAGUCAUUUCCAAAAUGCUGUUGAAUUCUCGGAUCCUCACCAAAGUCGUUCCAAUGACAAGUUUGCUCAAUUGAUUUGGGAUUUAGGCAAAGAAUUUGAAUCAUUUGCUAUUGUUGCGCACAGUCAAGGUGGAUUGGCUUCAUUGCAUCUGCUGACGUACUACUGGUCAAAUGCUGACAGGGCACCACCAGGUGUUCGACUCAUUCAGAGUGUUGGAUCACCUUAUCGUGGAACUUCACUUGCAGGUAGUGUGGCUGAGUUUGGAAAGUUCUUCAAGAUUGGAUGUGGUAAAAAUAUGGAUUUGACAGUUGAAGGUGCCGCCAAUUGGCUCAACAACAUUCCACCAGCAGCCCAACAAAAGGUUUACUUUUACACAACACAAUACAAGGAUUGGUCAUGGUGUUCACUCGCAACUCAAAGCAUUUUGAAAUGGCCAAAUGAUGGUACUGUUGAAUAUGAACGAACGGCUUUGCCCUAUGGUAACAACAUGGGACAUACAAAGAGGUUUUGCCAUUCGGGAAAGAUGCACUAUCCACCUCAAUACAAGGAUGCUGAGAGAAAUGCCAUCCUUAACAAGUAUGCCAAUGGUUUCUAA